AUGGAUCAUAGCUAUGCUCUACAAAUUCCCCAAGAGAAUAUUCUACUUAAUAAUAGUGACGACGAGGAAGACUUUGAUGUUCCCCAGGAGGAUGUUCAAUUAAGUGAUGGGGAUGAUGAAAUUGAUGCAGGUCCAGUAAAUUUUAAUGUGCCACAGCAAGCUCCUGAAACCUAUUUUACUGUGCCUGGGACCCGUCUCAAUUCUUUAGUAUAUGGAUAA